AAGAAGGAUGUGGUCAUCGAGGAUGUGAUCAGUCCAUUUGGAUCAUUGCAACGUGCCGUGGAAUUUGCCAUCGAGCUGGGCAUGAAUAUUGGACUACUCUCUCUGACUGAGGAGAAGGUGCUAAUGCCAUUCAAACUGAAGCCAAGCGCAUCGAAUAUCAAGAAUACAGCACUGCCGCCGACACAGUGUCGCAGUUUGAUCAAACGUCUGGCCAAAACGAUGAGGACAACCCAAGCAAACUCCUGCAAGAACAAAAAGCGUGCUUCGGUUAAGGCCAAGUCGAAAUCUAGGAAAGCAACUUAUCGGAUAGGCACCACAAGACGCCCCUGGCGUCCAAAAGGGCAAGAAACGAUGUACAACGACGAAGACUCGCAGUCAAACAACAAUAAAGCUCUUGAACUGCUGAAGGCGAAAUAA